ACUGUCAGCCGUGGUCCAACCGAUGCUCUCACACAGGUACGCCAAGUUGUGAUGCGGUAAUCGCUAAACUUGAUAAAGAUGGUCAGUAAUGGUUAAGUGUUCUUGUCACACAGGUAUGUAUGAGUGGUGACAACUGUUAAAACUGAAAAAUAGACUGUCACAGAUACAUAGAGGCAUUAAACAAGAAAAACUGAUCCAAAGCACUUGUCACAUGGGCAUAUCAAGUGGCGAUAAGAGUCGUUAAACUCGAUACAUACUCUGUCAAUAUUGGUCUGUAGUGCUGGUAUAUAUUCACAAGUGUUGAUAUUUGUCCAACAGGAUAGACAUUGUUACAGGUACAUCAAGUUGUGAAAAUCAUUAAAUCGGACAGACCCUUGUCACAUCAAGUGGUGAAAUUGUGAAAUUUGAUAGACUCUUCAAGUGGUGAAAUUGUGAAAUUUGAUAGACUCUUCAAGUGGUGACAAUCGUUAAAUUGGAUAGACUCUUGUCACAGGUACAUAAAGUUGUGACAAGAUAAAUGGGACAGAUUAUGUCAGAACUGGUCCAGAGUGAUCGUCACACAGCCUGACAGGCACAUUGAGUGGCUAUUAUCAUUAAACAGGAUACAGACUUCAGUAUUGGUCUACUGAGUGUCAUCAUACAGGCACACAAUGAAGAGAUGAUACCUGUUAAUCGGGUAGGAAAACGGCAGGAUGCUUUAUUGAGAGAUCCAGACAGGCCAUCUUGACAUGGAUAGAUGAACCCAGGAAACGUAAAAUAAAACUAGACUCUUCACAGGAUGAUGAAAAGUGACCUCAAACUUGUGUUGAUCAGUUUAAAACAAGACUAAGUGAAUGGUGAUCAUGAAAAAGUUUUUAACAAACACCAACUUAAACAUUAAGGUGUACAUACUGUCCUACCUAUUUCUGCUGGUAGUGAAGAGUUCUCUUGCAACUCUUACCUACAGCAAAGCUUCUCCUUACUGUCAGUGCUGUUCCGGUCCUCCAGGUACACCUGGGGCACACGGUAACCUGGGACUCCAAGGACCAAGGGGCCAGUCUGGAUUUAAGGGACAGAAGGGGGAGAUAGGGAAUUCUGGAAUACCAGGUCCACUAGGACCUACAGGAAAAGCAGGGGACCGAGGCAGAAGGGGAAGAAAAGGUCAGAAAGGUGAAUGUGGAAGUCGAGGGAACAAAGGGAUGAGAGGAGAGGUGGGCCCGUAUGGUGUCAUGGGUCAAAAAGGGCAGAAAGGGCAAUCUGGAGAUGUUCGGAGACAGGUAGCCUUUUCAGCCAGUAGGACCUCGAGACUUGGUCCUGUGUUGGAGAACACAAUUGUGGUCUAUGACAACAUCUUCAUCAAUCUGGGUGACAGCUUCGACUCCUUCACAUCAACUUUUGUCUGUAAGGUCAAUGGCACAUACAUGUUCGCUGCCCAUGUUUUAUGUAACUUGGAUUCCGACGCCUUCGGCUGGAUUAUGAUGAACGGUAACUAUGUGAUCCCCAUGCAUGGUGACCAGCGUGCUGGAUACGGGACAGGAAGUAACACUAUUAUACUACAUCUCGUACAAGGGGAUCAUGUCUGGAUACAGCUGUCCAAAAAUUCUUCUCUCCUAAACGAUUACUCAACAUUCUCAGGCUUUCUGCUAUAUGCGGACUGAUUCUUUGUAUUAAGUUAAAUUGUACAUGACAGUGACAAUAUCAUGCAGGACAAUCUAGUAAUGAUACAAUCUUUAAAGCAUGACAAGAUAUCACAUUACAUGUACAUGUCUCUACAAACUGAAUGCAAGGCAAUCAGACUAUCACAUUCAUUACUUUAACAAAAUAAGUGCAGAAAAUGGAUUUUUUCCUUCGAACUGGAGCCAGAAAAUGAAAUAGAUGGCUAUAAAUUGUGAUAUUAUCAAUUGUAUCAAAUCUUAUACAAAUAUUUUUUUAAUUCUUCAGCCAUGGAUUUAAGAUCAUUAAAGUCUUCAAGCAACUAUAUAGCAUAACUUUACAGUUACACUGUGUUUCCAAAUUCUUCAUGGGAAAAUCUUUAAGCAGUACAAUUUUCUAAGCAACUCUGCCUGGUGUAUAACAUAAUUACCUCCCCUUAACUUGUGACAAAAACCGUUGUCUGAAUUAUAAAAUACAAGUUAAGAUUUUUCCUGAGAAGAAAGGAUAAGAAAUUGACCCAUCAGUAUAUAUAUUCCAACUUUAGCCAAACUGAAUUAAGUUAAUGAAAAUCAGAAUCGUACUGUGCAAAAUUCACCACAAAAACUUGUAACGUUCACAAUAUUUAUAUGAGUUGAAUCAAUUUUGUUGCUAAAAAUAUGUUACUUCUAUAUUCUACUAGAAUUCUACUAGAGAUGAGAGUGGUUAUUUUUAUUUUUAUAUUACAGUCAAACUUGAUGAUCAUUGAAAACCAUGAUCUAUUGGUAAGAAGCUUAGGUAGAACAAUCAAAACUACCAUUGGUCAUUGUCAGAGGUAGAACGAUCAAUUGGGAAUAAAACUACCAUUGGUCAUUGUCAGAGGUAGAAUGAUCAAUUGGGAAUAAAACUACCAUUGGUCAUUGUCAGAGGUAGAACGAUCAAUUGGGAAUAAAACUACCAUUGGUCAUUGUCGGAGGUAGAACGAUCAAUUGAGAAUAAAACUACCAUUGGUCAUUGUCAGAGGUAGAACGAUCAAUUGGGAAUAAAACUACCAUUGGUCAUUGUCAGAGGUAGAAUGAUCAAUUGGGAAUAAAACUACCAUUGGUCAUUGUCAGAGGUAGAACGAUCAAUUGGGAAUAAAACUACCAUUGGUCAUUGUCAGAGGUAGAAUGAUCAAUUGGGAAUAAAACUACCAUUGGUCAUUGUCAGAGGUAGAACGAUCAAUUGGGAAUAAAACUACCAUUGGUCAUUGUCGGAGGUAGAACGAUCAAUUGAGAAUAAAACUACCAUUGGUCAUUGUCAGAGGUAGAACGAUCAAUUGAGAAUAAAACUACCAUUGGUCAUUGUCAGAGGUAGAACGAUCAAUUGAGAAUAAAACUACCAUUGGUCAUUGUCAGAGGUAGAACGAUCAAUCGGAAAAUAAAACUACCAUUGGUCAAUGUCAGAGGUAGAACGAUCAAUUGAGAAUAAAACUACCAUUGGUCAUUGUCAGAGGUAGAACGAUCAAUCGGAAAAUAAAACUACCUUUGGUCAUUGUCAGAGGUAGAACGAUCAAUUGAGAAUAAAACUACCAUUGGUCAUUGUCAGAGGUAGAAUGAUCAAUCGGGAAUAAAAUACCAUUGGUCAUUGUCAGAGGUAGAACGAUCAAUCGGAAAAUAAAACUACCAUUGGUCAUUGUCGGAGGUAGAACGAUAAAUUGAGAAUAAAACUACCAUUGGUCAUUGUCAGAGGUAGAAC